AUGAGAUAUAGUUCUUUAUCAUUUCUUAGUUCUACAGUUAACAAAACUAAAAUUAAGUCCUAUGCUAAAGUUAGUUUUUCCUCAUCUAAUGUCACUAGCACUGAAAGCACGACAAUACUAGCAACGAGCAUGUUUCUCGAUUCCUAUGUAAUUCCAUUUGCUUUAGUUUUUGACUCGUUAUUGGAAAGCUCAAGCUUUACGUUUGAGUGGAAAACUGCAUCAUGUAUUACAUAUGACAAACAACCACAAUUUGGAUUUUUUAAUUCAAAGCUCAUUAAUUCAAAGAUUUUUUCAUUCAAUUUUGGAAGAUUAGUUUUGGAUAAUAAUUUAUUUACAGGUACGAGUCAAAUUCUAUUAAGAAACAGUAUUCCUUGUGACAAGGCAAUAGAUGUCACAAGAAAUGUAUUUGAAAGUCUUCCUGACCUUUCUACAUUAUUAAUACAGGAUACGAUUGCAAUUUUGCUAUUUUCUGGAAAUUCAAUUAGAAAUUUUAAUGUAGCUUUUGGAUUAUUUCAUUUUAAUACCUUAGCAGUGGUUAAAUUUGAAAAUAAUAUUGUUACUGGAAUGAUUAUGCCACAAAUUGCUCUAACAAAUUCUGGACUAUUUACAUUCGAAAAAAUUAACAAUAUUGCUACUUUUAAUAAUACUUUUAUUGGUAAUGUAGGAUAUUAUGGAUCGUACUAUUUUAAAGAAUGUGGAAAUAUUUUGAUUAUGAAUGACAAGUUUUCAAAUAAUAAGGCAAUUAUUGGAGGAGCUAUUUAUGAUUCCAAUAAUGGUUUUGGUAGAUCGGUCAAUGUUACAAAUUCAAUAUUUUCCAACAAUUAUGCAAGUUAUGGAGGUGUUAUUGGAACAAGUUUAGUGAAUGUAAAUCUCUAUUUCACUGGAAAUACAUUCGAAAAUAAUAGAGCCAAGUGGGGAGGAGCUAUUUUAGCUGAUAUACCACCUUAUUUUAUGGAUGGAAUGUUACAAUCUAAUCAAUUUGUAAAUAAUACUAUUGAAUUUCAAUCAGAAGAAAAUAAUAUUGCUGGUAAUCCUAUAUUUACUCUACUUUCACCUAAUGGUACUCUAUUCUUAUAUCCAGGAGAAUUGAUUAAUAUAGAAGGAAGAGUAACAGACCUCUAUGACAAGGUAAUACCUUAUAAUUCAGAUUUUAAAAUUGAUAUUACUGCAUCACAACCAAAUGUAAUGAUAUAUAGUAGUGUGAUUGCAAAUCAGUUGACUAGUAAAUCAUUUAAUAUUUAUUGGAAAUAUGGAUUAGUAGGAGCUGAAACUGUUAAUGCAUUCUCUCAGUUUAAUUUAACAAUUUCAACUCGAAUUCUGGAUAAAUCAACUUUUGGAAGAGUUAUUGUAAUGGUUAAGGAAUGUCCAUCUGGAUUCUCAUUCAUGAAUGGUUAUUUACUUGGAAAUACCAAUUCAAAUCUAUUCGAAUGUUCACCCAUUCCUCUAAUUAUGUCUCUGUCUAUAGUUGGAUCUUCCUUAUUAUUUGGAUUCAUUACUGUAGGAGUUCUGUGGUUGUGUAUUAAAAUCUAUACCUCUAUAAAACCAUAUAGAACAGCCAAGCAACAAACCAUGAUGGUUCUUUCCAUGCAAAAACCUCAAAAUGAAAUAGCAAAGAAAGUGAAAAUAUUCGAUCAAGAAUUGGAAACUAAAUUAAGCAGAUUAUUAAUGAAUGCAGAAAAUUAUACUGUUUUGAAAAGUAAUGAUAUGGUGGAAGUUGUUUCAUUCACUUCUAAUUGGGAGAAAUAUGUUUUAAAGAUUGACAAAUCUCAGAGAAGAGAAGUUCGAUUGAAUGAGGAAUAUUCUGCAGUACCAGUUGAAUUGGUUGAUACGAAUGAGGCAAAACAAUUUAUUGCGAAUGCAGAGUAUUACUUUGUUAUUCCUGGUGAUAAUAAUGAGAAAACAAGAUUUUUGGGAAUUGAUAUCAAAAACAGAUCUGUUUUUCAUCCUUGUUUGAUAUUUAGAGGUGCAGAUUUUGAUCUAUCUCACUAUUUGUCUGUUUUUGGUCAUUUUAGUAAGAGAAUUGAAGAAAAAAUUGAUAUUUUACAACAAAUUGUAAAACCAAUGAAAUGGCUUCAUUCCAAUAACAUAUUCCAUCGCGAUUUGAAACCUGCAAAUAUUUUUGUUUGGUGGGAUGUUGGAAAGAAGCCAAUUUUAAAAAUUGGUGAUUUUGGAGCUAGUAGCAGUAAUUAUGUUUUAGAAGGAACAUAUCCAUAUAUAGCUCCUGAACUAAUUAAUGAAAAUGAUUUGAAUGAAUUAAGCAUUUAUCAUUCUCGUAUGGAGUGGUUUGCUCCUGCAGAUGUUUAUUCAUUCUCAGUCAUAAUGUGGGACGUAUUAUUUGAGGACAAUUCAAGAUUUAUCAGACAUUUCAGAAUGAAAAAGUAUUCCAAUGAUGAUUUCUCCAUUAACAUGCCAACAUUGGAGAUGUUACUAGAAUAUUGUGAAAAGGAAAAUAGAUUUGAACUCAACCCAAAGAUAGAAUUAGCCAAACAAUUGGAAAAUUAUUUGGAAAUAUUCAAGAGAUGUAACAGUGAGGAUCCAACAAAAAGACCAACGUUUGAAUUUAUUGAAAAGGCAUUGAAUGGAGAGGUAGAGAAUUGGAAUUCCUAUCCAACCUAUUCUAGAAUUAAGGAAUCAAUAGAUGUUGACUCGUCCCAUUAUUAUCAUCGUGACAAUGGUUCGAACUCUAAUUUUGUUAAAAUUGGAUCAGAUAAUGAGGAGUUAAUUGAAACUGAGUAUACCAGAUAUUAA